AUGGCCGCAAACAGGUGUCUCUCGGCUGAUCCCAUUCCCAUCGAGGCCGUCUCUGAACCACGUGCCACGCCCUCUGAGUCUCAUCUACGCCGGAGCGCCAGCGAAGACCUCCAGAACCUCAAGUUCAAGCGGCAAAAGCGCGAUGAACCGGCAAAGAGCCGGUCCUUCUACUUCGUCGACUCGACCUCGUCCUCCCGUGAGAAACGCGCACAUGUCAUGCGGCACCAUGUUCAGGAGAAGCGCAAACAGCAGCGGCAUACACAUUCGCGCAAUGGCAGCGAUAGAAGAACCAAUGGCCUACUGCCGCACCUCUCAUGGGAGCAGAAGCAGCCAGAGGUACAAGAGAGGACAGAGAACGGACCACACGAUCCCGUGCCUUCACCAAGCCGCCGACAUCGCACAUCAUCCAUCUUGAACGCACCAGAGAUCCAAAGUCCUAGCUCCUCACAACCGAAACCUGCCUACCUCCCUCCCAAAACCCCUCCUCAUGUGCCGUCACCAACCACUAUACUGGACGCUUCGCGAAAGGACUCAUUCAACAGCCUACCCACCACCUCCCCGGCCGACAUGGCGCUGGCGGACUACUGGACGAAUAAACUGACCUAUUGGUCUGGUCAAAACAAAUACCUCAAAGACAGCGUCUUCAAGAUCUCCAUGAACCAUCCAUUAACCUUCCAAGCGGUCAUACUCUCAUAUUGCGCUCGAUGGAAGUCUCAAUUAUAUAACCACAGCAACACCCCUGAAAUCAACCACCACCUUUCCUACGCCACAAAAGGCAUCGAAGACGCUAUGAACGGCCGCAUGAAGAUCGACAGCGACAGUCUCGCAAUGGCCAUCGCUGGCCUAGCUUUACACGAAGACCGCUUCGGCUCGAAGGAGCAGGCAAUGAAAUAUGAAGACCGCGCCGUGCAAAUCCUGCGCACACGCCCACGCUCCAACGGCCUCGCCGAAGUCUUUCUCCACUACGUCCGCUACGUAAUGGUGCCUCCUCCCCCCGCAACCCCUAUCGGCUGGCAAGACGGCCAAGAAUGGCUUGUCACAUUCCUCCGCGCAGCAGAAGGCCUCAUGAAAUCUCACAACACGGAGGAAUACUUCAGCAACGUCCCACAGCGCCGCAGCGCCUUCCAGAUCGGAGGCCCCCUCUUCUCCCUCCUCUCCAGCGGGCCUCACCCCUCCCGCGUACCCCACGAUUCCCGUAUCUACGUCGUGCGCAAUGUCCCCACGCAGGAACUGACCCGCACCGCAGCCCUCAUCUACAUCACAGCUGCACUGUGGGACUACCAAGACUCCUCCGGCCAAACCGGCCGCUUCCUCAACCACCUCCUACAUACCGUGAAGAAGCACGAACUGGAUCGGCGUCCAGCCUGCGAGACUUUCAUCUGGCUCCUGCUUGAGGAAAAUUGCGAUAAAGACCUGAAGGACUCCGAACGGGGUUGGUCAACGGGGGAGCUACUCAAAAUCCAUAAACAGCUGCGUCCGGACCUCCAGUUCCAGUAUAACGAGACUCUACUCAGUUUCCUCAUGCUGAUGAGUCCGAUGAAGAGCGUGGAUGCCUUUGAGAGGGAAGUGAAACCUGCCUCUCGGGUAGAGGAGGAAGCCUGA